AAAAUAAAUCAGCCCAACCCAUUUUGGAAUCUUAAAUGGGUCAAGCUCAUACUGUACCCGACCGAUUAAUAGCUUCAGAAGGCCAAAACCAGGGGACAGCCGCCUACCUUUCAUUUUCAUUUCUCCUCGCCUCCCUUCUCCUUCCUCUCUCCCAUUUUUUUGCCUCGCAGUAACCGACACAACAGUAUUAAUUUAUCAAUGUCUUCAACUUCGAAGAAGCGCCCGAAACCCAAACCAAAACCGAGCCCAGAGUCUUCUCUUUCUUCCAUUGCAUCAACAUUGGAACCAUCCCAGAAUUUCUUUCCCUCAAAAGAAGAGUUCUCGAGGCUCACAGUAGUGCUGGCCAUCGCAGCCUCGGUCGCUUUGACUCUCAAUUUCUUGUCCUCCACUCUCAUCAACCGCCACUCCAAGCCCUUCUGUGAUAGCUCCCUGGACUCUCUGGACUUCCUCCCUGAUUCUUGUGAGCCUUGCCCAAGUAAUGGACGAUGUUAUCAAGGCAAGAUGGAGUGUCUUCAAGGAUUUAAGAAGCGUGGGAAGUUAUGUAUAGAAGAUGGAGAUAUCAAUGAAACAGCUAAGAAACUUGCAGAAAGGGUAGAAAUUCGUCUUUGUGAGGCACUUGCUGAAUUUUUGUGCUAUGGAACUGGAACAAUUUGGGUUGAAGAAAAUGAUAUAUGGAAUGAUUUAGAUAAGCGCGAGCUGCUGGAACAUGUUGGCCCAGAUAAUGCCAUUUAUAUGUAUACAAAAGAAAGGACAAUGGAGACUGUCAAUAGAAUGUUGGAUACAAGGACAAGUUCUCGUGGGGUCAAAGAGUUGAAGUGUCCUGACAUGCUAGCUGAACAUUACAAACCUUUUUCAUGUCGCAUUCGUCAAUGGAUCUCUGAGCAUGCAUUACUUAUUUUGCCAGUUUGUGCAUUGCUUUUGGGAUCAACGUUCAUACUUUGGAAACUCCGCCGAAGACGGUGUCUAUCAACUAGAGUUGAUGAGCUUUACCAACAGGUUUGUGAAGUGCUCGAGGAGAAGGCCUUCAUGUCAAAGAGUGUGAAUAGUGAAUGUGAGCCAUGGGUUGUUGCCUCUCGGUUGCGAGAUCGUCUUCUUUUGCCAAAGGAGAGGAAGGACCCUGUAUUGUGGAAGAAGGUAGAAGAGUUGGUUCAGGAGGAUUCUCAUGUAGAUUGUUAUCCAAAGCUGGUGAAGGGUGAAUCAAAAGUAGUAUGGGAAUGGCAAGUUGAAGGCUCUUUGAGCUCUUCAAGAAGAAUGAUAAGGGGUGAGGAUAGCAAGUUGAAGUCCAGCAGAGCCGCAGAAAGUUCUGAACACCAUCUUCAAGCACUACAUGCUGAGCGUAAGGCGCUGAAUUUUGAUACGACGAUGUUGGAGCAGUGACCAUUAUCACGUGGGCCAAGAAGGCUUAGAAUGUUUUGUCCUUGAGAGGUGAUUCACAGGGAGAUUUCUGAGAGGUUGUACAGGAGAUUGAUCAAGAUGUCUGAUAAGGUCUAGUUAACUGCUUCUUGUAAGAAUACAGAAUUUGUAUUGCUUUGGUCGGAAAGAAAAGCUUCUCCUUUAUUCUCUAUUUAGCUCCAUAUAGUUAGGAAGGGAAUGAGAAGAAACUGGCUGUAACAGGUUAGGAACAUUUGUAAUUGGUUACUUACACUAGACUAAGGUCAUGCAAUUGGUCAUCUGGUAAAUUAUUAGUUUUUGAAGCUAAUGUCAAACCUUGGUGUGGUGUUGUAGACACCCAUAAUAGGAACAUCUAAAUGUGAGGAAUGACUUUCUAUAUAAGGGUGUGCAUUGAAAUGGUUCUCUGA